GCAUGCGCGGGGCGGGGCCGGCGGAGGGGAGACGUGUGUUAAGCUCAUGUGACCGCGCCGCCUCCUUCCCCGGCGGAGCCACGUCCGCUGCGGCGCUGCGGGGCGGGGCGGGGCCGCGGCGGGAGCGGGCCCGGAUGGAGGCGGACGGCGCUGCUGCCGCCAUUUAGCUCGACCGCAGCAGCAGGCGCCCGACUGGUGCGCGGUGUCAGGCGGUUGUUGCUGCUGCCGCCGCCGCCGCUGUCAUCAUGAGGCGCCUGUCGCAGCUGCUGCUGCUCGCCCUGCUCGCCUUUCCCGCCGCCCUGCUGCUCGGGGGCGCGCGCGGCGGCCCAGGUUCAGGUUUAUUAGUUGCAGCUCAAGAUGCCACAGAAGAUGAGGAAGCUGUGGAAGAUACAGUAGUUGAAGAUGAAGAUGAUGAAGCUGAAGUUGAAGAAGAUGAGCCAACAGACUUGACAGAAGAAAAAGAGGAAGAAGACUUGUCAGGAGAACCUAAAGCCUCACCUAAUGCUGAUACAACCAUCUUAUUUGUGAAAGGUGAAGACUUCCCAGCAAACAACAUUGUAAAAUUUCUGGUGGGCUUCACCAAUAAGGGUGCAGAGGAUUUCAUUGUUGAGUCUCUCGAUGCUUCUUUCCGGUAUCCUCAAGACUACCAGUUUUAUAUCCAGAACUUCACAGCUCUCCCUCUGAAUACAGUAGUCCCACCACAGAGACAAGCCACGUUUGAGUACUCUUUCAUCCCUGCUGAGCCUAUGGGUGGUCGUCCUUUCGGACUAGUUAUCAAUCUCAACUACAGAGAUGUAAAUGGCAAUAUGUUUCAAGAUGCUGUCUUCAAUCAAACUGUUACAAUAAUUGAAAAAGAAGAUGGGCUAGAUGGAGAAACGAUCUUCAUGUACAUGUUCCUCGCUGGACUUGGUCUACUUGUCAUUGUUGGCCUGCAUCAGUUACUAGAAUCUAGGAAGAGGAAAAGACCAGUACAGAAAGUGGAGAUGGGAACAUCAAAUCAGAAUGAUGUUGAUAUGAGCUGGAUUCCCCAAGAAACUUUAAAUCAAAUAAUGCAGAGUAGAAGAGAUAAAGCUUCACCAAGGAGGUUGCCCUACAAGAGGGCACAGAAGAGAUCAGUGGGCUCUGAUGAGUAAAUGUUAACUAGUACACCAGUUGAACCUUUACUAAUCCUGCCUGUUUGGGUGUUUUGGAUUGGAGUAGUGCAGAGAAUCCAUAUCACCAUAAGGAAAAUACUGCUAAACAUUUGGACUGAACAGAUUAACUGAAUGGUGUUAAUAUUACUGAAAAUGCACUUCUCUGUUUUCUGGGGUUUGGUUUUUUGGGGGUUUGGUUUGUUGUUUUUUUUUUUUGAUUGUUGGGGGGGGGGCGGAAGGGGGAGGUAACCAUUAAGAUUUGUGCCUGCCUGUGUAAGCAGUUGGUCUUGAUAGAACCACGUUACCUGAAAUGUGCCUUUAGAGUUCUUUGUAAUGCUGGCUUGUCAUCUGUACGCUGUCUUUGAAGGAUUUUUCUCCUCCCCCAAAUCUGAAUGUCUAGUGACUUAAUCAGUCUUGAUUGUAUCAUGUCUGUAUCAAAAUCUGUAUGCAUUUUUUUCAGUAACUUAUUCUCUACAGUGUGCACACUGAAGUUUGUGUGUGUGCUCCUACUUCAGUGUUGAGGCACUGAUCAUCUAGAUUUCUGCAUAGUUUGCAUUCUAAAGGCACAAUUGGGUAUAACUGCUUGUAGUGGUAGAUAAUUUUGCUGCUGGCUUGAUCUGGGCAUGCAGUGACCUAAAAAUCUGAACUUAACCUGCAUAGAUGUUAGGAAUACUCUUACACAGCAGCAGAACUUGUGAAGCAUGGAAUUUGUGUGCUGAAUUGGUAUUACUACAUAAAUUUUUUUUAUAUCCAACUUGUUAAAUGGUUAGUUAUUGAGUUGUGCCAGCAUCUUAGGUAUUCCCGUUCUAGUGGUAGCUCUGCAAUGUUUACUCAAGAAAUUACUGAAGAAGCCACAACAACUUUUCAGUAAGUUCUUGGUUCUCUCACAAAAAUUAGAAUGUCAUAGGUAUCAAAAUGUGGACUUUUCCUAGAGCUUUACAUGGGGCAAGGACUUUACAUUUUCUGUACACACUUGAAACCAAAUUUGAAAAACUGUUGGCUUCAAAUAAUCUUUUUAAAUGCAAACUAUUUAAUUUACCCUUUGCAGUUUUUGAAUCUCAGACUUUUUUCCACUGGUCAGUACAUUGGUCAGAGGUUUUUUGGGUUUUUUUUUUUUUUUAUCACCUUAUCUUUCCUGCUAUUAACACAGAUGCAUACCCAUUAUUAACUACCUGUUAGUUCAGUACUAAAGCAGAAAAGCUGUAUGCAGUCAAAAUGGGAUUUUCUUUUGUGGCAGGCACAGCUUCUGUGAUUACCAGGUGCUGAUCCACAUCCAUUGCAUUCAGGAACUUACUUAGCUGACAGUAAAAAGUAGAGGAUGCAGAGCUGUCAGUUUGCUGCCAUUCAGGCACUUGGACAAGGCUUGAAUUGUUGUAUUCUCAGCUGCAUCUCUUUUUGGCUGUGAAGGUUGUCUGGAAGGUUGUUGAGUUCAGGAAGAGGCAUUGAUCUGUGAGACUUCUUUUAUCUUUUUCUUCUCCCCUUCCUGAUCUCCACAUGUGAAAGCGCUCUUUCAGAUCUAUACUUGCUCUGCAGGGACUGAGCUUCUGAGCCAGUGAAUGCUGAGCAAUACUUCCAAAUCAUGUCAUAACAUGUUUGAUGCAUCUAAGCUCUGAAACUACCUGUACUGGCACUAUCUUACUAUAUACUUUCCCAGAAUGAACUGUGAAGAUGUUCUUGACUCAUCUUGCUAUGGAACAGAUUAAGAAUAGGAAAAGCAACCCCAAAGAUGCUUCAGCUUCCUGAUAAUAUAACAGGCAGAGUACUUUUAAUAGUUAAGAUUGUUGAAUUGCCAUACAGAUUCCUUAGCAAACAGUUGCAUGCUACCUUCGUAAGAGGUAUCUCCACUCGAAUUGUGUGGAACAACUUUGUCUGCCAUUAGUGAUGUAAUCUGACUGGUCCUGUGGUAGGUUUAUGGGUUUAUAUUCCAGUUUGCAUUGAUUCCACAAAGUGUUUUGUACUAAAUGUAUACUUUGUAUACUAAAGCCCUAUAGCUAUUGCAGCACCUGAUGUACUGAACUAAGUUCCCUCUCUUGGAUUAUGUCUCUAACCUGAAAUCAAGAUUUAUUUUUUUUUUAAUCUUCUUGUAAUAGGGAAUCUUAAACUGUAUACUGUAAUUCUUGCCAAGGGAGGAAAAGUACUGUUUAGAGAGGGUGAUGAUAAGAGCUACUCUAGAUACAGCGGUACUCCAGGAAAAAAAAGACAAAGGAUCAGAACAGAGGGUACUAAUUUGUAAUAUCUUAGUUUCAUUUCUUCAGAUGACUAGUUUAGCCCUUACUGAUUUGAGUUUUGGAGCAAGUUAGGUCUUCAGAUAUCUUACACUGGCCAGGACUUAAGAGAAGCUGAAGAAGUGAAGCACUGUACAAGCAAGAAAUAAGUAUUUGGAGGUUUUGGCUUUCUUCUCUGUACUUAGUGGUUAACAUCCAAAUGCUUAAAUUCCAAGCGUGAAAGAAGAGAGGAGACAGCUUAGCAACUUGCAUAGGAGCUAGCAAUAGGAAAGUCCAGUUGUACUGUCUCUGAUCAUACUACUUGGCAUUCACUGUGGAGGGUUCAUAGUAACUUUCUCAGCCAGUGCAGUUCAUGGGAACAGUGGCCAGCAGUCCACUGGUGCUCAUGAUAAAUGAAGUAACAGUUUUGAGUUCCUCGUUGCUUGUUAGUUUGCUGUAGCUGAAGUUUAGCAAUAACAUUGUAAUGUACAGUGGUAUUUGAACUUUGGCAUCUCUUACAUUAUUUCUAGUAAAUAAGCCAUUCUGCUACACUCAGAUUUCUUCACAUGGGAGAACGUAGUUGUUGCUUUAUCCUGUUGGUUAACAACUUUUAUUUUGGUACUAGGAUUUUCUACUCAAUUUUUAAACGCAUACUGAUAGCUUAGUGUCAGAGGUAUGUUACUAGAUAUCAUCAUCAGCUGAGUAUGGUACAGUUUCAUUGACUUUAAAAAGGAAAAGCAGUAGUUCCGCCUGUCUCUAUGCCAUCCCUUUCCAUGUGGCAGCACAUGCAUUUGUAUAAUCCAGUGUUCUUACCAGCCUAGUUUUCAGCAAGCUUACUACACUACCACACAACUGCUCUUGUUAGGUUAUGAGAAGAGGAACAAUGACUAUGAAAGAAGAUGUGGGCUAAGGUUUCUUCCUUAUUAGUAAGAGAUGCUGAAAUAAGUUAUAGACCACAAAUAAACUGUGGCCUUAGUGUGAAGGACCACUGUUCAUUCCUUUCUCACAGCUCCUUAGCCAAUUCAAAAAAUUGUAGAGACUUAAUGAGACUAUUUUUGGGGUAAGAAGCUGCAUUAGAAUUCAUGUCUACCAUGGUAGCAAAGCAUUGAUUUAGCUACACUUGAACCACAUUUGAUACUUGUAGCCCUCUAUAUAUGCUGUCUAAUUUGUGACAGCAGUUCAUUUUUUCCCUGUAUCAUUUAAUCUGAGAAAGAAGAGUGGCUGCUGGCAGACUAAAGGAUGAAGUAUCAUCUUUUUUCUUCAUGUAGAAAAUAAUUAAAUUGUAGGCCAUGGAGACGAAUGGAACAGACUUGAUGGCAGUGCUUCUGCUUGUUUCAGACAGUUAUGCUGAACACCUUCCUUACCUUGGAAUGGAUGUAAUUAAAAGCCUCUUUCACUCUUUAUUCUUGGAAUGCGUGGUGCUAAACCAAGUGUUGCAGUUGGAAGCUCUGAAUUCAGGGAAGCAGCAGGAAAGUCAAGUAUUAGCAUAGGCCGGUUGUCCCGUUUUUCAGUGUGCCUGAUGUACUGAGCAGCAGUUAAGAGUCUGUUCUCUUUCCUUCUUCAAAGGAAGGACAGUACCUACCUCAUAUGAGUGACACAAGGGCUGUUUCAGGAGUGUUUUGAUGUUACUUGAGACUUGCACAAUACACUUCCAUGGAGAGAGUAGGACACAGUACUAGUGUAGCUUGAUGGUAACUACAUAGAUUCAUGUUGCAACAGUUUAAUCCCCUCACUGAAUAGAAUUCAGCAGCUUUACGCCAGGACUUUUCUUAAGCGAGCAGAGGAAUUGCAGUUGACUUCCAGAGGAGAGCAAGGCCAGAAAGAUCUCAGUUUAUAGAGUUUAUAGGCGGGCUAUAUUCUUUUGACAUUUUUGCAUUUAUCGUUAAAUUUUCCCAGGGAUUUUUUUUUUAAUCAAGUGAUAUUUGUAUCAUUUAUGAUUGUUUGUGUCGAUACAAUCAACAGUCAGUUUAAAAGAAUGACUCUUUUGGAUGAUUAAGUUCAGAUGAUGUACUGCAACUGAAGUGUUAACGUUUACUUUCUUACCUGCUGACUUGCAUUUAUAAGUGAGAUCAGAUCUCUUGGGGGGGUGGGGAAUGACUGCAGGUUUUUUGUAAAGUAAACUUGAUUUUUUUUUUUCUUAGCA